AUGAUUGCAAGUGUAACAUCAACAUUACAAAUAAUGAUAUCCGAAGAAUAUCGUUUGAAUAAUAUGAAACAUUAUAUGUCUAAUCUUCAACAAUUACAUCAAUCACGUAAUCAAUCAUUAAAUCUACAUGCUUUUAUUAAUGAUUUACUUAUAAUUGUUCAACGUUUACUUGAUAAUCUUGAUAGUCGUCAAUGGCAAGCAGCAAUAAAUAAUUGUAUUAAUGUUCAAUGUCCAUGGUUUAAAUCUUCAAAUUUAUCUUCAAAUAAUAAAACAUUAUUUUGUUCAACAACAAAUACAUCCAUAAAUCAUUCAAAUAUCUUAUUAAAUCGUUGUCUUAUAUUACCAUCUAUUGAUCAUACAUAUUCAUUAAAUAAUGAACGUCUUUUAUUUCAAUCAAAUUUAUACAAAAAUAAUUUAUUAACAUCAAGUGAUUCAUUAUUACGUUAUAUGGAUAAUAAACUUGAAAAUACAUAUUCAUUUAAUAAUUUAUAUCAAAUCGAUACAAGACUAUGCCAAUUAUGUCAAAUAUAUGCUGAUAAUUUUUCAUCAAAUAUAUCUCGUCUUAUAUCAAUUGGUAUUAAUCAAUGGGUACAUAUUGGUUGUAUACUUCCAGCUUAUUCAAAAAUUCUUGAUCAAUCACCAUAUAUUUUACAUAAUAUACAUGAAACAAUAAAUCGUUGUCAAACAAAAUAUAAAUGUGAUUUAUGUUUAAAAAUGGGUGCUACUGUUCAAUGUUAUGAAAAUGAUUGUAAUGUACGUUUUCAUUGUCAAUGUAUUGAAAUAUAUUAUUCAAAAAUAGAUAGAAAUUUACAACAAAAAUUAAAUAUUAUUAAUGGAUUAUUACCAAAUUUAACAACAUUAUGUUUAAAACAUAGUAAACAACAAAUAAAAACUAAUUCCGAUGGAAAUAAUGAUGAUCAAAUGAUAAACAAUGAUAUCAAUCUUCCAAAAUUUAAAUCUGUUAAUUUAUCCUCAACUGUCUAUGCUGAUCUAUCAAAUACUUUAAUCGAAUUUUGUUUAACUGAUAUAAAACUUUGUAUUGGUUCUCUACAAAUAAAAUCCCUUGGUAAUUUUGAUUAUCUUCUUGAUAAUGAUCCUAAUAUGAAUAUUUAUCCAAAUAAAUAUUAUGCAUCACGUCUAUUUUGGAGUACGAAAAAUGCUCGACAAAAAACAAUUUAUCAUUUACAUAUAGAAAUUGAACAAACAUAUCAUAAUGAUAAAUUAAAUCAUCAAACAAUUGAAUAUCCAUUAUCAAUCGAACAAAUACAUCUUAAACAAUUAUAUGAAACAUGUGAAAAAUAUUUUAAUAAAUACAAAACUAAAGAUCAUUUUCAAAAGAAAAUAAUUCAUUUAAAAAAUGAAAAUUUAAAUAAUAAAAUUGAAAAAUUAUCAUCGUCUAUUAAAUGUCAAGCAUCAAAAUCAAUAUUAAAAAAUAUUAUUCGACCAAGAAAUAGAUUUAAUAUUGAAAAUAAUCUUCAACCAGAUAAAUCCUCAUCAACUAUAUCAGAAGAAAAUUCUCAAACAAUAUCCAUUGAUACGAAAACUUUACGAAAUUUAUUUACAAAUGAUUCAUUAAAAUCAUCAGAUCAUUCUCGAUUUGCUUUAGCACUUGUACAAGCUCUUCAAAAUGUUGAUCAAUCAUUAUCAUUAACAAAAAUACAACAACAAGAACCUAUUUUCAGUUAUUAUUUACCUCAUCAAACAAGUCUUUCAUCUCACGAAUCAACCAUAGAAACGAAUAAUGAUGCAUUGUUAGAUCAACUAUUAAAGAAUAUAAAUCCACCUCAACAAUUAAAUGAUUCUCAAUUCUCAUCUCAAUUAUGGUCAACAUCGACUAUUAACACUCACAGUAACUCAACAGAAACAUAUAUUCCACAAAUAGAUGGAAAUAUCGAUAAUGAUGAUGAAGAUCUUCUAAUUUCUUCUUGUCUAAUAAAUUCUUUAAUUGAACAAAUAGUAAAUGAAAAACCUACUCGUAACGGUAAUGAACAUUCAAUUGAUUUCUCUCAUUUUUCAUCUAAUAAUAUUAAUUCAAAAAUAAAAUCAAUAUCUUCUGAUAAACUAAUUCAUUAUUAUCAACAAUGGUUAAUAUCAAAAUUUGGUCGUAUAAAAUUUACCAUUCUUAGUGAUGAUGGAUAUAAAAUUGUGUCAGAUAAUUUAGAUGAUGCUUGGUUAACAAUUGUUAAUUUAGUACGUGAGUGUCGUGAUGAUAUGAAUUUAACACAUCUACCUAUGAGAAAUGAAGAAUUAAAUGGACAUGAAAUAUUUGGUUUAAAAAAAUCAAUUGUUAAAAUAAUGUUAAAUCAAAUUUAUAUGAAUUCAUUAUCAACAGAAAAGCAAACAGAUACAAUUAUAUUACCAUUAUCAUCAUCAAAUAAAAAUGAUUCAAUAUGUUUUUUAAAGAAAAAAAAUUCAAAUAAAAAAAUCUUAUCAUCAAAUUCAAGAUUAAAUAUUUAUCAAAGAAAAAAUUCUCAACGUCAAAGAUUUAAUUGGUUAUUAAAUCCAAAUCGAAAAAUUGAAUAUGCAUUAAAAUCAUUCGAAAUUGAUGAUGCACUUGCACAUGCAAGACGAAUUCUUCUUGAAGAAUCUUCGGUUAGUUUACGUCUUUAUCAUUUGCAUUAUUUUGCUCAACGUACGUUAAUUGUUGGAUCAUCAUCUAUACAUGGUUGUGGUUUAUUUACAUUAAUUGAUUUAAUUGAAGGACAAAUGAUUAUUGAAUAUACAGGUGAAGUUGUUCGUCCAUGUCUUACGGAUAAACGUGAACGUGAAAAUGAAAAAAAAGGCAUUGGUUGUUAUAUGUUUACUGUUGAUUCAAUGAGUGUUAUUGAUGCUACACAUCAAGGAAAUAAAGCUCGUUUUAUAAAUCAUAAUUGUCAGCCAAAUUGUUUUGCAAAAACUGUUCUAUCCGGUGGUAUUAAACAUAUUGUUAUUUAUGCUCUGAUAAAUAUAGCUCGUGGUUCUGAAUUAACUUACGACUAUUCAUUUCCUGAAGAAGAUAUCAAAAUUCCUUGUCAUUGUGGUACAAAUAAAUGUCGAAUUUAUUUGAACUAA